CUCCGGAGCCGCCAUUACAGGAAGGAACUGGAGCGGCCGAGCUGGAGAACCCCGGAGCGGGCCAGAGCGGGAGGGACCGGACGAGCGUCACCGAGGAGUCCGGUCCCGGGGGAGAUGAGCAAGGGGAGGAGGCUGGCCACGGGAUAAAGCCAGAAUCCUGACAGAUAAAGUUGGACGUCACUGGGAGGGCCACAAUGACUGAGCAUGGCAUAAAAUGGGCUUGCGAAUAUUGUACCUAUGAGAAUUGGCCAUCUGCUAUCAAGUGCACCAUGUGUCGCGCCCAAAGACCCAGUGGCGCUAUAAUCACUGAAGAACCAUUUAAAAGCAGCACCCCUGAUGUGGGUACUAUAGAAAGGGGAGGUGGAAGUCCGUUAAUUUGCCCAGAUUCAAGCGCCAGACCACGUGUAAAGUCUUCAUAUAGCGUGGAAGGAGGCACAAAGUGGUCAUGCCACAUGUGCACGUAUCUGAACUGGCCACGAGCCAUUAGAUGCACACAGUGUUUGUCCCAGCGAAGGACACGUAGCCCGACAGAAUCCCCUCAGUCUUCUGGGUCUGGUUUACGCUCCACCCCAAGCCCCAUUGAUCCUUGUGAGGAAUAUAACGACCGGAAUAAACUGAAUAUUAAAGGUCAACAUUGGACUUGCUCUGUUUGCACUUAUGAGAACUGUGCCAAAGCAAAAAAAUGUGUUGUGUGUGACCUCCCUACACCCAACAAUAUGGACGCUAUUGAGCUGGCUGAUGCCGAUGAAGCCUCCUCGAUUAUUAAUGAGCAAGAUCGCGCUCGUUGGAGAGGUGGCUGCAGCAGUAGUAACAGCCAAAGACGGUCCCCACCAACAUCCAAGCGAGAUUCGGAUAUGGAUUUUCAGAGAAUUGAGCUUGCCGGGGCAGUGGGAAGCAAGGAUGAGAUAGAGGUGGAUCUUAAAAAACUAAAGCAAAUAAAGAACCGAAUGAGGAAAACAGACUGGCUAUUCUUGAAUGCGUGUGUAGGUGUGGUGGAAGGAGAUCUCUCUGCAGUGGAAGCUUAUAAGACCUCAGGAGGAGAUAUCGCAAGACAGCUGUCAGCUGAUGAAGUUCGUCUCUUGAACCGUCCUUCAGCUUUUGAUGUGGGUUACACCCUGGUGCACUUGUCAAUUCGCUUUCAGAGGCAGGACAUGCUCGCUAUACUUCUGACAGAGGUUUCUCAGCAUGCUGCUAAAUGUAUCCCUGCCAUGAUUUGUCCAGAGCUUACUGAGCAAAUAAGAAGGGAGAUUGCGGCGUCUAUGCAUCAGAGGAAAGGGGACUUUGCCUGUUACUUUUUGACAGACCUGGUAACCUUCACGUUACCUGCAGAUAUUGAGGAUUUGCCUCCUACUGUUCAAGAGAAGCUUUUUGAUGAAGUUCUGGACCGAGAUGUGCAGAAAGAGUUAGAGGAGGAAUCUCCUAUUAUUAAUUGGUCUCUGGAGCUGGGCACCCGUCUGGACAGCAGACUUUAUGCACUUUGGAACCGCACGGCGGGAGACUGCUUGCUAGACUCAGUACUUCAAGCAACGUGGGGCAUCUAUGACAAAGACUCGGUGCUAAGAAAGGCUCUGCAUGACAGUCUUCAUGACUGCUCUCACUGGUUUUACAGCCGAUGGAAGGAGUGGGAGUCGUGGUACUCUCAGAGCUUUGGAUUACAUUUCUCUCUACGAGAGGAACAGUGGCAGGAAGACUGGGCUUUUAUUCUGUCAUUAGCAAGCCAGCCCGGAGCAAGCUUGGAACAAACGCACAUUUUUGUCCUUGCGCACAUACUAAGACGACCAAUCAUAGUGUAUGGAGUGAAAUAUUACAAGAGCUUUCGUGGGGAGACGCUGGGGUACACUCGCUUUCAAGGAGUGUACUUGCCUCUGCUGUGGGAGCAAAGUUUCUGCUGGAAAAGCCCCAUUGCUUUGGGCUAUACUCGGGGCCACUUCUCAGCUCUUGUAGCCAUGGAGAAUGAUGGCUAUGACAAUCGUGGGGCUGGUGCAAACCUAAACACAGACGAUGAUGUUACGGUUACCUUUCUGCCACUGGUGGACAGUGAACGUAAACUUCUGCAUAUUCAUUUUCUGUCUGCGCAAGAGCUCGGCAAUGAGGACCAGCAGGAAAAGCUCCUGCGAGAAUGGUUGGACUGUUGUGUUACAGAAGGUGGUGUGCUAGUAUCCAUGCAAAAGAGUUCCCGUCGUAGGAACCACCCAUUGGUGACUCAGAUGAUGGAAAAAUGGUUGGACGGCUAUCGCCAGAUACGCCCUUGCACAGCUUUGUCAGAUGGAGAGGAAGAUGAAGACGAUGAGGAUGAGUGAGAAUGUGCACGUAUAUAUUGGGAACAGCCUCAGCUGUGUGUUAAAACUGGGACCUGAGUUUAAGGGACCCUUCCUCAUCUGCCUGGGACCUACUGUGGGGAGUGAUGCUCCAACCCUCCCAAUCCUUGAGGAAGCAGCACCUGUAGCUCCAUCGAAAACAUCCUUUUUAUUAUCAAAGACUGAACAGUUUGUUGUUUUCCCCCCUCUCCCUUUUGGGCUGUAAAUCUUGGCGUAUAAUGCAUGUGUUCUGCAAUAGGGGAGGAAAAGAAACAUAGAUUACAAAAUCCCAUAACCAGCCCAUAAGUAUUGGGUUGUUCACUUCCUGCUUUUUUCCUAUUUCCUGACAAUUUUUUUUUCCUCCUUCCUCAGUGCUUAAACAAUAUGCCCUCCACAUACUACUUUAACCUUUAACCCUGUUAUUUACUAGAGACUAGGAUGGAGAAUAUAUAUUUAUAUUCACAAAACAAAGCCCUAAUGUCUUGAACAUUAACAGGGUUAAUAAUAAUAAUUUCAUCUUAGGAACCCAGGUGGCAAUACACACUUAAGAUUACCCCCUUUUUCUUCUCGCCUUAGUAGUGUUGGUCUCGGAUGUCAGACCAGAAUAAUGUAUAUUGGUUUUAGUUUACUUUCUAGCACCCUAUAUUGUAAAAUGAUUUGGUUUUCCCAUCCCAUGUAAGCUUUCUGCUUUCCAUAGUCACCUAAAGAGAUAUAUAUAUAUAUAUUUUUUUUUUUUUUUUCCUCCCCCAUAAUUUCAGGAAACUUUAUAUAUUUAUUUGACAUAAACACUCUAACUUCAACACCCUCACUUCUUUAAAUAUGCAGGAAUUAGGUUUAAAGCGAUUUGUGUGCAGUUUGCCAGCUUGGACUUGAUUGCGAAUGUGACACAAAUACAUAGUCUUGCUGUGAAACCACCUUCUUCUGCAAUGCUCUUUGUGUCGCGUUGCAUUUACUUCUCUGGAUAAAAUGUAUGUUAAAGGAAAAUACAGGAGGAUGGUGCAA